AUGUCGACACAGGCGGCUUUCCGCGCUUCAGCGCAUAUCCCCCUCAUCGCAGAGUGCCCAUGGCCGAUACGUAUCAUCGCAAAGCACCGCGAUCUCGACUUUACCACCUGCUUCGAGCACUUGGUGCUCCUGCCCGCGCCACUCCUGGUCGUAUUGAUCGCUGGGAUCGCCCAGACCAUCAGCAUCUCGAGACGAAGGAAAAGGGGUCUGUCAUGGAUCGACCGGGGGACCGCGGGCGAGAAGGUCGGAUGGGCAAAAAUGGCUGUACUAGGCAUGUCGACUCUGCUUUCCGGCGCAGCCCUCGGCCUAUCUCUUGGGACGCUUCGUAAAUCCCCAUCGUCAUCUCUCCACUACGCCCUUUUAUUCCUGGUCCUGCUCGUCUUUACCCAUCUCACCUGGCUCAAUCACCACACUUCUCGGCGGUCAGCCAAUCUCAUUCUCCUCUUCUGGCCCCUCUACAUCCUCAUCUCGGCAGUUCGCGUCAGGACCAUGAUCCUCACUGGGCAAUUAUCCCUCGACAUCACCAACUCCGCCACUGGUCGAGUCACCCUCGCUCGCGAGUCGCUCUGGUUUGCCAGCGCCGGCUUUGGGUUGAUCGAGUUCGUCCUGGAGCUUUACAGUCCCGAGAAGAGGUGGAAGUCGGGAGGGAUCAAGUUGCCGGAUGAUGACGAGGAUGAGGCAAGGGAUACGGUGGAUGGGUACCGGUCGAUGGGGAAGAACGAAUAUGGAGACGUGGAGAGCCCAGUUGUGUCGGCCAACAUCUAUGAGCGAUUGACAUUCUCAUGGCUGACUCCCCUGCUCUCGCUUGGUACACGCAAGUUCCUCGGCGAGGAGGACAUGUGGUCUUUGCCCUCGGAAGACUCGGCCGAGGCCCUGUCGAACCGUCUCUCGUCAGCUUGGGACCGCCAGGUGCAGAUGGUCAAGGAUGGCAAGAAGAAGAAGGCGAAUCUCAAGUUUGCCAUUGCAAGGGCGUACGGUGGACCCUACCUCGUUGCGGGUAUCCUCAAGGCGGGGUACGACUCGCUCUCCUUCCUCCAGCCCCAGAUCCUGCGGCUCCUGCUGCGCUAUGUCAACUCAUACGGUACCGAUCACCCCCUCCCUCCCGUUGCUGGCUUCUCCAUCGCCAUCCUCAUGUUUGUCGUCGCCAACAUCGCCACGGCAAUGCUCCACCAAUACUUUGACCGGUGCUUUACUACAGCUAUGCGAAUCAAGAGCGGUCUCAUCACUCUGAUCUAUCGCAAGUCUAUCCGCCUCAGUAAUGGCGAGAAGACGGGCCGGACAUCUGGCGAUAUCGUCAACCUCCAAAGUGUGGACGCCGUCCGUAUCGCCGAUCUCUCCCAGUAUGGCCACAUCGCAUGGUCCGGCCCGUUCCAGAUCAUCCUCGCGUUCAUCUCGCUCUUCAACCUGGUCGGAUGGCAGGCGUUGAUGGGAAUCGGAGUGAUGGCGCUGAGUCUUCCCAUCAACACGAUGAUUGGCAAAAUCAACAAGCGGUACCAGCGCAAACUCAUGAAGAUCAAGGAUCUCCGGUCCCGCCUCAUGACUGAGAUCCUCAACAACAUCAAAUCAAUCAAGCUCUACGGCUGGGAGCAGGCGUUCGCAGACAAGGUUCUCGACGCCAGGAACGAGCAGGAAAUCCCCCUCCUCCGCACCAUCAAUAUCCUCCAAAGCGUCAGCAACUUUUUCUGGCAAUCCACCCCCUUCUUUGUCGCCUUUGCCACCUUUGCCACCUUUGCUGCCACUUCUGACCGGGCUCUAACCAGCGAGAUCAUCUUCCCCGCCAUCUCCCUGUUCCAGCUCUUGUCUUUCCCCAUGGCCGUCUUUGCCAACAUUAUCAACUCCAUCAUCGAAGCGUCGGUCUCGGUCGGACGUCUCGAGGACUUUUUGGCGGCGGACGAGCUGGACCCCAAAGCACGGAACCUCAUCCUGCCAUCUCAGGAUCCGAAUGGCGAGCCUCAGGUCGGGGACGAGGUGGUCACCAUCAAAGGCGGCGAGUUUAGGUGGCUCGCUUCCUCUACCGAGGCCAUCCUCCAGGAUAUCGACCUCAAGGUGCGCAAAGGCGACCUUCUUGCCAUUAUCGGGCGGGUCGGAGACGGCAAGUCAUCACUCCUCGGCGCUCUCCUCGGCGAGAUGACCCGGUCGGAAGGCAACGUCACACUCCGCGGAAACGUCGCAUACUUUCCCCAGAACCCCUGGAUCCUCUCUGCGACCGUCAAAGACAACAUCAUCUUUGGUCAUCGAUUCGACCCCGUCUUUUACGACAAGGUCCUGGACGCCUGCGCGCUUCGGCAGGAUCUCGCGGUCCUCCCGUCCGGAGACAUGACAGAGGUCGGCGAGAAGGGCGUAUCCCUCAGCGGCGGGCAAAAGGCGCGUAUCGGCCUCGCUCGUGCCUGCUACGCCCGCGCAGACAUCUAUCUCCUCGACGACCCCCUCAGCGCUGUCGACGCGCACGUAGGUCGUCACAUCUUUGACCGCGUCAUUGGUCCCAACGGUCUUCUCAAACAAAAGGCUCGGAUCCUCUGCACCAACGCGGUCAACUUUUUGCCCCAGACCGACGACAUCGUUAUGCUGCGUCGGGGUAUCAUUCUCCAGCGCGGCACGUACGAUGUCGCCAUGCGGGACACCUCGUCCGAGCUGUACAAGCUCAUCGCCGGGCUGGGCAAGCAGUCUGCGCGCAGCGAAGAAACGUCCGGCGCGGCGACGCCGGUGGACGUCGAGAGCGACAAGGAGGAGGACGGGGUGGUGGACACGGACUCGAUGGAGAAGCGCCAAGUCAUCAGGCGCUUGAGCUCGGGGAUGCGACGGGCAUCCACCGUCUCCAUCCGCCAGUCCAAGCGGGACGCGCUCAAGGAUCUCCGGGAAAGCGCCAAGCCAAAGGAACACUCUGAAAAGGGAUCGGUCAAGAUCGACGUCUACCGGAACUAUAUCAAUGCGGCCUCGAAACUUGGCGUAUCCCUCUUCCUCAUCUUUAUGAUUGCCGGGCAGGGCUUAUCGAUCACGGUCAACUUUGUCCUCCGGGCAUGGGCGCGACUCAACACCGGUCAGAGCGAGACCGUCCAGGUCGGCAAGUACCUCACCAUCUACGCCUUGAUCGGCACAUCAUCCUCGGUCUUUGCCGUCAGCUCGGUCGUCAUCCUCAAGCUCUACUGCGGUCUUCGGUCCAGUCGUUUCCUCCACGACAAGGCAUUCAGGGCGUUGAUGAAGAGCCCGCUGAGCUUUUUCGAGCUGACCCCGACGGGGCGGGUCUUGAACCUCUUCUCGCGGGAUGUGUUUGUGGUGGACGAGGUGAUGGUGAUGGCUUUGGCUGGUUUCGUCAGAACAGCUGCAUCGGUUGUCGCUACCGUGGUGGUCAUUGCUGUUGGCGCGCCCACCGUGCUUCUGGUGUUUAUUCCUCUUGGCUAUCUCUACCGGCAGGUUCAGAAAUUCUACCUCGCCACUUCUCGAGAGCUCAAACGACUGGAUGCGGUCUCUCGCUCCCCCGUCUUCUCCUUCUUUGGCGAGACUCUUGCUGGAGCUGGCGUCAUCAGAGGGUUCAACCAGCAACGCCGCUUUAUCGCCAACAACGAAGCUCGGCUGGACCGCAAUCAAGCCUGCUACAUGCCCGCCAUGACCAUCAACCGUUGGCUCGCCGUCCGGCUUGAACUCCUCGGGUCAUGCCUGAUGUUCUCGACGGCACUGGUAUCGGUCUACGCCCUCAAGGUCUCCAACAACAUCGACUCUGGGCUCGUCGGUAUCCUCAUGACCUACACCAUCUCGGUCACCGGCUCGCUCAACUGGCUGGUCCGGAGCGCGUCCGAGGUGGAGCAAAACAUCGUCUCGGUGGAGCGUAUCCUCAACUACUCGGAGCUGCCCGGCGAGGCAGCGGCAGAGGUUCCCGAGAACAAGCCUCCCCAGUCCUGGCCACAGAACGGGACGAUCGAGUUUGAACACUUUGCUAUGCGCUACCGGGCCGAUUUGGACCUGGUCCUCAAAGACAUCUGCCUCAAGAUCGACGGCGGUCAACGGGUCGGCGUCUGUGGCCGUACAGGAGCGGGCAAAUCUUCCCUCACCCUCGCCGUCUUCCGUAUCCUCGAAGCGUCCGCCGGCAAAAUCUCCAUUGACGGCAUCGACAUCUCUACCAUCGGACUGCACGAUCUCCGCAGUAUCGUCUCCAUCAUCCCCCAAGAUCCUCAGCUCUUUGAGGGCACCAUUCGGAGCAAUAUCGACCCUACCAAUGCCGCGUCGGACGCCGAGAUCUGGCAAGCCCUCACCCAGUCCUACCUCAAGGACCACAUCAUGUCCAACAUGGGCGGUUCGCUGGACGCCGAGGUCUCUGAAGGCGGAAGCAACCUUUCGGCUGGCCAGCGUCAGCUGGUCUGCUUUGCUCGCGCGCUGCUGCGCAAGACCAAAAUCCUCGUCCUGGACGAAGCGACCAGCUCGAUCGAUCUGGAGACGGACGAGGCGGUACAGCAGAUUCUGCGCGGGCCGGACUUUAAGGGCGUCACUACUUUGACCAUCGCCCACCGGAUCAACACCAUCAUGGACAGUGAUCGGGUGCUGGUCAUGUCGGACGGCAAGGUGUCGGAGUUUGACACGCCAGAGAAGCUGUUGGGUGAUACUUCGUCGGUCUUCCACUCGCUUGUUGCGGAGGCGGGUCUAUUGAAGGAAUCUAGUUAG